CUUACCACCCGUCAGGCCCUCGUUCGCGCGCUCGGAUCGGGCGAUGGGUGAAACCCGAUUCGACCGAGUCCUGAAGAGACGAGACGAAUCGAGACGAGCAGAUCAGAGCAGAGCUGACUGUCGUCGCGGGGGGGCUGAUUGGGGUGUCGAUGAUGUGAGGCGGUGACAAGUGGUGCGUCACACGUGUUCUUCUGCGCUUUCGAUCUCUUAUAGACUCGGGAUUCCGGUGCCGCUGCUGUUGCUGCUGCUGCAGCUCGGCCUCCGUGUAUCGAGACUCGAAAUCUGUUCCUUCCGGCUCGCGCGUGAUGGGACUCAGAAUGCAGAAUUCGAGUGGAAUUCCGAGGCUUAUCGCGCUCUUCGUCGUGAUGCUGUGGUGCUAUCGCUCGUACCAAUUGUUUUACCCGGUCUACUCCUGAACGAUGGCUCGAUCAGGCGAGUCCCCGAAGCUAAGGGUUCGUCCUCCGCAGCAGUCAAUCGCCUCGAGCGCGGCCACGUCCUCGCGGGAUGAAAGAAGAUGAAUUUGGGGCAGCGCGGACCGAGCAGAGAGCGAGUGGUGAUCGAACCUCGUCGAUCUAGAGAGGGGCCUGAUGUGACAGGACCUCGGAAUCUAGGUUGCAGUAUGCUCGCGCGAGCGAGCGAGAACAGGAUCGAAAUCGAAAGGCGAAAGGCUCGAUGGGGAAAUUCCGAGGUUCGGUAUUGCACUCAUUAUAUUUAGGGUUCACCUGCACCUUUGAAGCCGCGUGCUUGGCUCACCUCGAAGCGCAGCGACGAGGAGAUGCGGGAGCUGGCCGAGGACGAUGAAUUGUGUGCGAGCCGCCGAGAAGGUUUCGGACUGUACAGAAGAUGGUGGACCGUCAAAUCUGACAAUCUCGAGUAAUUCUCCAGAGGCCAGGUCUAGUGCUAGAAAAGAGAGUAGACGUCGUGGGGUUUCAUGUCGUUGCAGUGACAGACAGAGAGAGAGAGAGACUGCUCGUAGGAACUGGUGUAGCACUCGGAGCCGAUCAGAACACAAGAGCAGGGCCGUCCACUACGACUCUCACUCGUGCCGCCUUUGCCGAGGCGGUUGUCUCCGCAGGCUCCUCGUGGGAUCGUGAACACCCUCAUGUCCCAAUUGUACAUAACUAUACAACAUAAAUCGAAGGCUCAUUUUUCCACUU